AUGAUAACCCGCUUCAUCACCGACGUAACAACCCGCUUCAACCCCUUCUCAACACGAGCCAAGUCAGCACGGCUCUUCCUUUCCUUCCUCCCGCCAACAGCCCGAUCAUCGGGCAUGAACAUCACUACACAACUACUGCCGCGGACAUCGACAGAGCCGAGCUCGCUGGUGGUCAAGUUCAAGGACGGCAAGGUGAUGAACCUGGACUGCGAGACCAUGAAGAUCAAGAGCAUUGUGGAGGAAGUCGACCGGCAUUCGCGUAUGCUGCAGAAGGAGGCGGACUUGGCGGAUGCUUAA